AGCUUUAGGGUCGGUAGGUCGCCGCUGUCACAGGUGUGCCCUGGGGUUGCCUCGCCGUCGCUGCCGUGCGGUCCCUGCAGCCGCGCCUCCCGCCUGGGACCCGGCUCAUCCGCUCUCCUCGCCCUCCUCCCCUUAACCAUCCCGGGUUUCUGCCGUCGGGGUCCCGGGCCGGGCUAAUGAUGCCGGAGAACGGAGUGGAGCGCUCGGACCGGGCGGCUGCGCUGGUAGGGACGGCUGCAGCCUCGGCGGUGGCCACGGCCACCCAGGCAAGCGGCGGCCCCGACCCGGGAGCCGCAUCAGCCUCCCUCGGACCGCACCUGAGUGGGCUAGGCUGGCCGCAGGUGAAGCGGCUGGACGCGCUCCUGAGCGAGCCAAUCCCCAUUCACGGGCGCGGCAACUUUCCAACGCUGAGCGUGCAGCCCCGGCAGAUCGUGCAGGUCGUCCGCAGCAGCCUAGAAGAACAGGGACUGCGUGUGCAUGGUGUGCGGCUACACGGCUCAGCUGCCAGCCACGUGCUGCACCCCGAGAAUGGCUUGGGCUAUAAGGACCUAGACUUAGUGUUUCGCGUGGACCUGCGCAGCGAGGCAUCCUUCCAGCUGACCAAGGAGGUGGUGCUGGCCUGCCUGCUGGACUUCCUGCCGGCUGGCGUGAGCCGGGCCAAGAUCACGCCACUGACACUCAAGGAGGCCUACGUGCAGAAGCUGGUGAAAGUGUGCACAGACACGGACCGCUGGAGCCUCAUCUCGCUGUCCAACAAGAGCGGCAAGAACAUGGAGCUCAAAUUUGUGGACUCAGUCAGGCGCCAGUUCGAGUUCAGCGUAGACUCCUUCCAGAUCAUGCUGGACUCCCUGCUGCUCUUCGGCCAGUGCUCAUCCACGCCCAUGUCUGAGGCCUUCCAUCCAACGGUGACGGGCGAGAGCCUGUACGGGGACUUCAACGAGGCCCUGGAGCACCUGCGGCACAGAGUCAUCGCCACACGCAACCCUGAAGAGAUCCGCGGUGGCGGCCUCCUCAAGUACUGCCACCUCCUGGUGCGUGGCUUCCGGCCACAGCCCAGCACCGACGUGCGCGCCCUGCAACGUUACAUGUGCUCCCGGUUCUUCAUUGACUUCCCGGACCUGGUGGAGCAGCAGCGCACCCUGGAGCGCUACCUGGAGGCCCACUUCAGCGGGGCCGACUCAGCCCGCCGCUACGCCUGCCUGGUGACGCUGCAUCAGGUGGUCAACGAGAGCACUGUGUGCCUCAUGAGCCACGAGCGUCGCCAGACACUGGACCUCAUCGCCACCAUGGCACUCCAGGCUCUGGCUGAGCAGGGCCCAGCUGCUGCCGCUGCCCUGGCCUGGCGCCCUCCAGGCCCUGAUGGGGCUGUGCCUGCCACUUUCAAUUACUAUGUGACCCCUGUGCAGCCUCUGCUGGCCUGGACCCACUCCUGCUAUCCCACCUGGCUGCCUUGUAACUGACUGAGACCCUGGUCAGGAGAGACUGGGUCUCCCCAGGUGGAGUGGGGCCUCAAGGCCCGUGUGGAGGGCAUGACCAGAGACAGGCAGCCUGUGCCAGGUAGUCCAGCACUGCUACAGGGGUGGGCCUUCCACUAACAGAUCAGACUCCUUGAGUGAGGCCCCUGUGGGCUUACAGCCAAGCUGGGGUUCUUUGCUUAUUGCGGCACACUUUUAGACUAACAUGAUUGUGGGGUGCAGGAGCUGUUUGUCUUGGGGGUUAAUUGCCGUUAGGAGACAAAGCAUGUUUGGGGUGUUAGUCUCCAUGUCCAUCAUCGUGGGUUGAUUUCUAUGGCCUAAGAAGGGUCUUUUUGGCUAGGGCCAGCCUAUAGUGAGCCCAGCAGCCCCAAGGGUCCGCAGCCCACACAAUGGCUAAAAUAUGGUGCAUUAUGGGAACUAGUCACUUUGGGUCAGGUUGGGCCACUCACAGGCCUAGUAGUCCAAUCUGGCUAAUCACUGGGGAGGGAAAGGGAGGCAUGAGACGGAUACCUGGAGAGGGAUAUGUUUGGCCCAGUCCCCUAACACUCCUAACUUGAACAGUCAAGGUAUGUGGUGGACAGGACCAAGUGGCCUGGGGUAGGACACAGCCCAAGACCCUUCCAGGGUGUUGCUCCCUUCCCCCAUGUCACGAGGAGCCCUCCUGCCUGGGAGCUUGUUCUUAGGAGGGUACAGGGCCCAAAUUGGCCACAGUCAAGUGUUCCCACCCCACUGGUCUGGUUACAGGUCCUCAAUUGGUGGAGGAGAACCAUGCCCCACCUCUGCACUCUUAACACCUGCCAAUAAAAAUUAUCUACACUGA